AUGGCCGCUGCCACUGUUUUUGAUACCGUUUUGUUCAGAGACACCUUCGGAACUAAUGAGAUACGGGAAUGCUUUUCUGAACGAUCAUAUGUCUCGAACCUGAUCAACGCAGAAUGCGCUCUAGCUCAAGCUGAGGAAGAUGAAGGGGUAAUUCCUAUUGGGACUGCCAAGGUCAUCUGUGAGCUCUCAGAUGUCUCAAAAAUUGAUUGGCCAUUACUUGCAAAGAGGACAGAAGUUGUGGGCUACCCAAUUCUUGGUCUUGUAGAGCAAAUGGCGUCUUGGGUUCCUCACCAGCAGGCGCCACAAGCUAACAACACACAAGCUGGAUACAUCCAUUGGGGUGCCACCACCCAAGACAUCAUGGACCUGGCUUCACAGCUACAGAUCAAGGAUGGCAUCGCAAUCGUAGAACGCCUCAUCAAUGCAACAAUCAGGACACUCGAAUCCAUGUCCUUCAAAUACCGCGACACACUAAUGGCUGGCCGCACACACUUACAACACGCCCUGCCAAUCACAUUCGGCUAUAAAUGCGGCGUUUGGCUUUCUGGACUUCGACGUCAUACAGAGCGCCUAUAUCAGAUUAAGGAACGCUGUUUACUGGUGCAAUUCGGCGGCGCUGCUGGUACAUUAGCCUCUUUAGGCGAUUCAGAUAAUGGCAUCAGAGUACGCAAAAGAUUAGCUGCGAUCUUGGGUCUCAAAGACCCUGUGAUUACCUGGCACGUUGCUCGAGACACAAUUGCUGAGGUUGUCAACUUUCUGGCAUUGGUUGGGGGUUCUUUAGGGAAGAUUGCUCUGGACCUGAUUAUGAUGUCGUCUAACGAGUUGAACGAGGUUGCGGAACCCUUCGUACCUCACCGAGGAGCAUCAUCAACGAUGCCUCAAAAGAGAAAUCCCAUUUCGAGUGAGAUCAUACUAGCACAAUCCAAGAUCCUCCGGGCACAGGCAGGACUGGUAUUGGAUGGUAUGGUAUCAGACUUUGAGCGUGCCUCGGGGCCUUGGCAUCUGGAAUGGGCAUCACUACCCGUCGCAUUCAUAUCAGCAGUUGGCUCGCUUCACCAGGCAAACUUUGCGUUGUCAGGCUUGCAGGUCAACUCAAAGGCCAUGAAGGCUAACCUUGAAUCGACGCGAGGACUCAUCGUUGCUGAAGCCGUCAUGAUGAAAUUGGCCGAGUUUGUGGGUCGCCAGGAGGCCCACGAGAUUGUCUAUGGAGCGUGUGUAGCUGCUGUCGAGAAAGACUUGUCGUUGAUCGAGUCACUACAAAAGAUAGAUGAGGUCACACAACAUCUGAGCACGGAGCAGCUUCUGUUGCUAGUCGACCCAACUAACUAUCUUGGCUGCUGCCAGUUGAUGGUUGACGAGCUUUUAGGAUCAAAAACUGCAAGCCUCAAGCGGAAGGCAAGUACGAAUGGUAUGAAUGGAACGGAUGGUGUAGUUGGCAAUAAAGAGAACGGCUAUCACUAA